GCCGCUGGGCCGCGACCCCCCCGCCGGCGUGCCCUUGCUGCCCCUCAAAAUGCAGGCCCUGCUGGAGCCCUCGGUGAAGAUCGACACCAAAGACGUGCCUCUCACGGUGCUGCCGGCCGACGCAGGGAUACCGGAUACCCCGUUUAGCAAAGACAGAAACGGUCACGUAAAGCGGCCUAUGAACGCGUUCAUGGUGUGGGCAAGAAUUCACCGGCCAGCGCUAGCCAAAGCUAACCCAGCUGCUAAUAAUGCCGAAAUCAGUGUCCAGCUUGGAUUAGAGUGGAACAAGCUCACCGAGGAGCAAAAGAAGCCGUAUUAUGAUGAAGCUCAGAAGAUUAAAAAAAAGCACAGGGAAGAAUUUCCUGGCUGGGUUUAUCAACCGCGACCAGGCAAAAGAAAACGCUUCCCACUGACCGUCUCCACCGUGUUUUCCGGCACCUCUCAGAAUAUCAUCACGACGAACCCAACCACCAUUUACCCUUUCCGGACACCCACGUACUCUGUCGUUAUCCCCGGGGUUCAGAGCAGUAUCGGCCAUCCCGUCUGUGAGGCUUCUACCAUCCAGCUCUCAGCUUCCAUUCAGCACCCAGGCCCGAUUACGCUUUUCCAGCCCAGUGUGGGAAGCACCACGUCCAUGGCUGUCCCAGCUCCCAGUCUGCCCCUGCACCCAGUCAUCCCCCCGCAGCACUUUACGGGACCUGCCCAGACAGAAGCUCACAACGUCACUUCCGGAUCCAGUUGCUCUGUGAAGAGACCCACCCCGGUGUGCAUUGAGAGUGCCAGCAGGAACCCUACUAGCACGAGCAUCACCCACACCAGAUUCCCUGCCUCUACCAGCCAGCCCCCCAACGAGUACUCCAGUGUGGCUGCUUGUCCGCGGAGCGCCCAGCUCCCUCCAGCCACCGCCAUUCCUCACUCACACCUCUACCAGCCUCCUCCCAUUGGUCACCCGGCCACUCUUUUUGGAGCGCCGCCUCGGUUUUCGUUCCACCACCCAUACUUCCUGCCUGGACCUCACUACUUUCCCUCCAGCACGUGCCCGUACAGCCGCCCUCCGUUUGGCUAUGGGAAUUUCGCCAGCUCGGUGCCCGAAUGCCUCGGCUUCUACGAAGACCAGUACCAAAAGCACGAAGCCAUGUUCUCUGCUCUGAACAGAGACUAUCCUUUCAGGGAGUACCCAGACGAACACACACAUAGCGAAGACUCCCACAGCUGUGAGAGCCUCGAGGGGGUGUCUUAUUACAACAGCCACAGCCACAGCGAGGAGGAAUGUUUAAACCCCGUGCCGCAGCUGGAUAUCGGAACCCUGGACAACGCGUUCACGGGAACCCCGUCAACACCCUCCAGCAUCCAGCAAGUUAACGUGACUGACAGCGAGGAGGAGGAGGAGGAGGGGAAAGUGUUACGAGAUUUGUAAUUUUUAACGUGAAUGGUGAUAACUUACCGGAGAAUUUUAAAACACAAAAUAAACGUUUUAGCCCAAUACCAUCUUUUUAGUCGGUGUGUUGAAGGAGAAACCUGAAUCCCCUCAAUGGUCAUCCAUUUGCAUUGCAAGGGGCCAGAUGCAGGCCUGGGGCUGUCCCCGAAGCCUCUGGGGUUUCUCUGGCCUCCAGCAGGUCUGCAUUUGGGCCCAGAUUCAGGAAGGCACUCAAACACAUCGGUAGCUUUAAGCAGGUGCUGAAGUUCUUUCCUGGCUAGAGAUGGACUUAAGCACGUGCUUAAAAUGCUGUCCUGAAUCAGGACCUUGUCUCUCUUUAUUCUUAGGCCACAUUUUGAUUUUGAUGGGACUUGCAUUUAUUUAGGUACCUUAACUUGCGGCAUUUUAGCAAGCAAAAUCAUUCUGUUUCAUGACCAAAAUGUAAUUCUUGAUGCAAUAAAAGUAGAAGGGGGGAGCUGGGGAGUGGGGCCAGGAGUGACGUACACGUUGCCUUUGUCUACAGUUGUUUAUUUAAAAAAAACCCUGAUUUUGUUUGCUUUUCAAUGGACUCUCCAUGUGCUGCAAAGUGUUGUUUAGCACAUUGAUAACAGAGGGCCCAGUUUUACCUCCCUUACUUGCUCGGCAUCUUCCUCUGCAAGUAGUAUCACACAUUUAAAUGGGACUGUUUAGGAAGUAAGGUGGAAGGUAAGGCAAGAGUAAGGAUAAGACAAUCUUGGGCUAUGAAAUAACUUAUGCAAGAGGACUAUGAUUUGAUCCCUUAGUGCACUUAACGCUCAUUUCUAUAGAUUAUUUUAAAUUUCAUAGAGGGAAAAAAAGCGUCUCUGAAUUUUAAGAGUAGCUCAGAUCCAGAUUUUGUUGCCAAAGCUGGUAAUUCAUACUACUGAACUUAAUUAAUACUACUAAACUAUUUUUUUCUUAUUUAUUCCUUUUUGAAGGGGAUGGGGUCAUUUCUUCCACUUGGGAAUUCUGUUGUUCUGUUUUUGUUAUAUUUAAAUAAAGUAACAUGA